AUUUCUGCUUCGAUCGUAAAAAGGGAUAAAUAUAAGAAUUCAUAGCUAAAGAUAAAUCCAAUUUCAUGUGCUUUCGGUUGUGAAGAAAAUUUUAUUGUGAAGAAAAUUUUAUUUUUAUUCUUGUGAUUUCUGUUUGGUGGUAGCAAUCCAGGGAAAGUGAUUAGAUAAAAUAAAGUGUUGGAGUAAAGUUGAAUCUUGAGUGAAAAAUGAGCGAUCAUCUCCAAACACCGGCAGCCAUGGGCUUCAUUAAAAGCAUGCUGGUUGGUUUCAAUAUUGCUUUCUGGGUUUCUGGCUUAGCCCUGCUGUGUUCAGGUAUUUGGGUUCAGAUUGGAUUGCAUCGUUACAUGGAGCUUUCAACUGAUUACACCAACACAUUCCAAAUUGUUCUCGUCGGACUGGGUUUGAUUAUUUUGUUCGUAGGAACAUUAGCCUGCUGCUGCACUGUGAAAGCACAAUCAUCACUUCUUUACUUGUAUGCUGGCUUUUUGACGAUAAUCUUAAUGAUAGAAUUAGCAAUUGCGGCCGGGUUGUACACAUACAAGGACCAUCUUGCUGAUGGCCUCCAGCAAGGAUUGAAUCAAAGCAUCAGAAAUUAUGGCCCAGAUUACGUAAUGAAGUCGGCAGAUUUUGAUGCCAUGCAAGAGAAUUUGGGUUGCUGUGGAAAUGUAGAUUAUAAAGACUGGUAUUCGCUGAAUCCACCUCGCCCUGUUCCACGUUCAUGCUGCAAACAACCGGGGCCAGUACGAUGCGAUACGCAAGAUGAAACUCAAAUCUACAAUUUAGGCUGCUACAUGAAAGUGACUCAAUAUCUCGAAAGAAAUAUGGGACGAAUAGCAAUAACGGCGUUAUGUGUCGCCCUUUUUCCCCUCGUCGGUUCUAUCUUAUCAAUCGCAUUAGCCAAAAACAUCAACAAGGCAAAAUAUGAACAAAUGGCAUAAACAUCGCUUUUUAUCAUGUCUCUGAUUCAGGAUCCCAAUUUUAUUUGAUUCAUGUUAGGAUGAGCACCUUAGAGCAUUUGCACUAUUUGAGAAAUUCUUGUUGUUGUAAAUUUUUUCUGCUGAGAUUUUUGGCGGAUGUUGAACGUUGUUGUCCCAGGUGAAGCGAUAAAAUAAUUUACGUUGUUUAAUUGAAAAACUUGUUAUUUUGCACAACACAAUGAGUUUGCCUGUUGAUAUCAGCCAGCUUCCGUCAAAUAACAAUUAAACAAUUAUUAUCUGCAUGUGACUUCGAUUAUUGAGCACAGAGUUGAUUAAUGCACAUAAAAUAAGCUUUUAUAGCCGCUGGAAAAUAAAGAAAAAGAAAGAAAAGUGGAGAAAAAGAUAUAAAAAGAAAAUGAAUCUUGAUGUGAAAAUUAUCUUGAUGUUUUACAACAACCGAAAAAUUUAUUGAGUAAAGUCUCUCAGCAUAGCCUUUGUGCAUGUAAUACGUCACUUCUGUAACCUUUGAAUCUCAAACUCCAAAGAAGCAACAGCAUAAACGUUUUUUUAUGAUCUUCGUUGAGAAAAUUUAAAAUGAAGAAAAUUUAUUUGAUGUGCAUGAUUUCUUUUUAUGUUUUAUGUGCAUGAGUAGCAGAAUAUUUAUUCAGAAAUUUUCUCGUUUUCAAUGCUUAUUGAAUGUUUUAUAUUAGUAGGUUGAGGGGUGAAAAUUGUGAAGAAUUCAAGUCGAAUGAAAAUGACCGUGGCAAUCAUUGAGUGACGUAAUACAUACAUACAGCCUUUUUCUUUAGCACAGCUGCCAACAUAUAAAAUUCUUCACAUAUUGACACAUUUUAAUUGAAAUAUAAAAGUUUGUAAUGAAAACAUUCUUCGAUUUUAUUUUCUCUUUCCGUUCCUUACCUUUCCUUUCUUCAUCAAACAUGGUAAGAAAAAUAAACCUCAUGUGUUAAUAUUUAAGACAAAAAUUUAAUUAAAUGGAAUUCUAUCGAUUUGUUUCCUAAAAGACUGAUUUGUUUUCUGAUUACGAGAAAAGUAGGAAAACAACGAAAGAAGGAAAAAAACAUCAAAAGAUAAUUUCUCCAACGAUAAGAAAACUUUCUUUCCAUUCAAAAGAAAUUCUAAUUAAAAAAUAUUUGUUGGGAGAUUUUUAAUCAAUACAAAUUGCACUUGUGGAAUUGCACUUAAAGAAUUUUCAUUCGAUGAGCUUGAUAACAAAAUACAUUAAUCCUUUUAUCCGCCACUAAGCCUCAUUUAUAGCUCUUAUUUUGAUCCCAACGUUUAAUCGAGAUUAUUGCAAUAGCCCAGAUGCGAUUAAAGGACAUGAUAAAGUGAUAAAGAGAAAGCGAAACAAAACAAAAUGGAAAAAAAGAAUACAAAAUAUUGACCAAUCAACUUAAAAGAAAAAAACAUAUACGAAAGCAUUAAAAUUGCUUUUAUCAUCUUUUUACGAUGCCAAAAAAAGAAAUUAAUUAAAUAACGAAAAGAGCGAUGACGAAACUUUAAAAACACAUUAAAAUCUAUAAUGAAAUUGUCGAAUGAUUGACAUAUUUAGCAAGGAAAACACGAUAAAAAGUAAAAUGCUUUGUUUUCAUAUGAAAAUUGAAAUAAAUUGAAUUCUCUUUCAUAUAUUAUGAGUAGAUAAUGUUUGUAAUACACUGAUGAGAAAAUAUUUAUUUAUAUGUUGUGGGCAAUGCGAGCCUUUUCAUCAUUUAUAAUAACUGGAAUGAAUCUCUUUAUGUACGAAACAUGCUUUAUGUUGUUGCUUUAACAAUAACAAUAACAGUAACAACCGUAGAACAUGAUGAAAUGAAACGAUAUUAGCUUAAUGAAAACUUUUAAAGCUUCGAAAGCACACAACAUUUCAUCAAUGCUUUUUUGCGCAUUGCCUACAACUCAUAAUUCUCUCAAUAUUGAGAUGAUAUUCAAGUAAAUAAUAAAAAAGAAAAAAGAAAUAUAAGUAAAAGUAAACAUUUGAUAUUUCAUUAUAUUAGGCACGUAGUGCGAGAAUAAGAAAAAUGAGAAACUUUUCAUUUACUUUCCUUUCUUCUUGUGUUUCAAUUGAAAAGUUAAGUAAUUAGAAGACAAAUAGCAAUCGAGAUGAUGAGUGGGUGGGUAUGCGAAAUAAUAAAAAGAAAUUCUGUAGCCCAUUAAGUCAUUACCCGAAGGAAAGGGUUCAGCAAGCAGCCACGGAAUGUUUAAUCUUCUUCCUUUGUGCGGCAAACAAAGAAAAAAGACUCAACAAAUGUUAGUUUCUUCUUAUUUUCGCAACACGACCAGCCAACCGAGCAAAGACGAUGAAAUUAAUAAUUAAUGACGCGAAAAUGUGUUACAAUGAUAAAAGACGAUGAUAUAUUUAUUAAGAAUAUGAAUUAUGAAAAACGUUGUAAUUUUCCAUCCUUUCUGGCUCACUUCAGCAUUUCAAAACUUCAUAAACGAAGCUAUUGUCAAAAGAUUUUUUAUUCUAAAUGAGAAAGCAAAUAUUACUUUAUGUCUAAGAAGAUGUUGUUAAUGAAAAUUCAUAUUAUUCAUAUCAUUAAUCUUACAAUCAGUGAAUUAAGGUGAACUCAAGAUGAUGAAUGAUCAUUACGAAACCUAAAUAAAUUUAUCCUUUAAAAAGGAAUAUUUUUUCUACUUUUUUUCAUGCCAUAAAGAAAGAAACUUAAUUUGUAAAUUAUUUAAUGUUAUGCCAAUGGAAUCAAUGACUAAUGUUUAAGACAUACAAAAAACUUUAUUUUAUUUAUCUUUUUUAAAUAUAAAAACUCAAGCAAGACAAACGAAAGAAAUAACUGAAUAAGUUUUUCCAUAACAAUCACAAAAACCUUUUUUCUUCCAUCUCCUCUGAUUCCUUUUAACUUAUAAAUUAAGAAAGCAAAAAAAAGAACUUUUCCUUCGUUUCCUUCACUUAAUAUCGAUGUAUCUUGUGUAAGAGAAUCAUUGCAAUCAAAAGAAAUGGAGAACAUAUUUCAAUCAAUAAAGAAAGAAGC